AUGGAUCAAUCUGGAAAUGCGUUGUUACUACGCUUUAUAAACUCACAACAUUUCAAUUUGUACUAUUGCAUUUCCUAUCUACAAAGGUAUUCCGACAAUAUAGGAGUCCACCAUUAUCUGUGCGAAAAGGUAAAGACUUAUCCAAUUGAAGAGUUAAAGUUCUUCAUACCCCAAUUCUUACAACUGAUCAUCACAGUCGAAACCGAUUCGAUGGCUUUGGAGGAGAUGAUUAAAGAUCUAUGCACUAGAGAUGUCCAUUUCAGUUUGAUAACGUUUUGGCACUUGCAAUCGUCACUGCAAGAACUCAGCACCCAACCAAACUCUACCGGAUUUCAAGUUUGCAAACGAAUACUGAAUGAUGUUCAAUUCCAGCUUUUCAGUUUGAGUCCUCCAAAUGCUACUGUAUCUUCCAGGGUUGGCUCUUCUGGUAUUGUCUACAAGAAUAGUCAGCACGCAAUGAAACAGUUUCGAGAGAACGUGUCACCAUCUGCAGUGCUGAUAUCAUCAGUUCUAAGUAGCGCUGCUUUUCCUCAGUUAGGUAAGAGUGCUGAGCAUCUGGUUAGAACGCAGGGAAAACUAUCACGCUCUUUCGUGUUUCAAAUUGCAAAAGGACUUCAACAGCAAAUGAACGAAAAUCUUACUAUGAAGAACACAAGGCUUAAUGCAGAACUAUCUUCUCAUACCGUUGUAAAUGCAGCUGAACUGGAUGCUAGUCAAGCCGAGAAACCAUAUCGCCGUGCAAAAUCAUUGUCUCUUACAUCUCUUCAAGGGAAGCGUCAAGGCCAGCAAGACCAGCACCCUAAACAUAACGAGCAUUCAGAAAACCUUGAUUUUUCCAUAAUCGACAAAUAUGCCGAAACAAAUUUACCUCACCUGAACAGAGCUAUAUCAAAUCCAAACAUGAAACGUUUCAAAAAUAAAAGGUUGUCCCAAGCUUUGGAUGUCAAACAAUCUGUAAUGAGUGACCUCUAUCCAAUGUCCCCCGAAAAGGGCUACGAUAACUUGACUUUAAAAAAUUUACAGAGGCUCAGGUCUGAGAGCCAAUUAAACAACGACUCGAUCACAGCUUCAAUGCCGGAACUACAUCCUACACACACUAAUUCUACGGCUGUGAGCGAAGUGGAAAGUCUAUAUGACUCUGGUAACGAACGUUCUCCUACUAUCAGCCUCAACGGAAGCUACAAAAGACAGCCCAUAAAGUUGAGUGUUCCCCAAAAGAUCAAAGUUUUGAAGAACAAUUACUUCAAGUGUGAGACUCAGUUUGUUAUUGCUUUACAGAACAUUAGCAUUAAGUUAUCAAACGUUCCAAAGGAAACUAGGCUAGCUUGCCUAAGAGCUGAGCUUACUUUAAUGAAUAAAGAUUUACCCUGCGAAAUUGAUGUCCCUCUACUUCUUCCCAACGCUAAAUCAGGAAAAUUACACAAAAUUGUCAACAUUCCUGCCAACGAAGCAGCAGUUUUAAACUCAGCAGAAAGAGUACCCUAUCUAUUACUGAUUGAAUACGUUAGUAAUGAAGUUGACUUUUCACCAGAAAGCAAAGAGAAUAAACAGCUGUUAGAGAGGCUGAAUGACAAUAGCUCCGAUGUGAAUGGUGACUCAAAGAGAUAUGUCUUUGAUUUGGCUGGAAUCAUGAGAGCUUCCGAUUCAAGAAGGACCAAUGAUUAUGGCAAGAGCAUGUCAACAUUACAAAAUGGCGAGAUGCCAUUGGAGGCCGACUUAGCAGAUCUUUCAAUUGUCAACUUAUCAAACAGGAAAGAAUCUGAGUUCCUGAAAAGAGAACAGUUCGUUCAAGCAGCGAGCGAAGUACCUAUAUUGGAAGGUGAUUCUCCCCUUAGACAAGAUGUACUGAACUUUCAAUCGCAUUAUGAGACAGAUUCAUUAACAGACAAAAGUGACUUUGCCACUCAAAUGAGAAUUGCAGCCGUCAUGCUUUCCCAAUUGGAUUCGUCCACUAGUCAUUUGCCCAUGGAUCAAGCUGGAGCAAUCAAAGCCCGAAUAGUUAGUUCAAUGCAAUCUUUACAACAUGAAUUUGGUGUAAAAGAUCUUCAGGAUAUUAACACAGAAGCAGGAGAGCGGAAAUUUUCCAACGACUUAAAGGUUGCAGGUGUAAAGUCUAAUUUGAAGAACAAGAAUGAUUACUACCUCGGAGAGGAUUGGAAUAGUAAGAAAGAGAGAAUCCGUAAGCAGAGCCCUUAUGGACAUUUGGAGCAUUGGAAUUUAUGCUCUGUUAUUGCUAAAACUGGAGACGAUCUAACCCAGGAAGCGUUUGCAUGUCAAUUGAUUCAAUCUAUGGCUACUGUAUGGCAUAACCAUGGAGUUAACAUAUGGGUAAAGAGAAUGCGAAUUUUAGUUACCAGCAACUCGACAGGAUUAGUCGAAACAAUUACUGAUGCAGUCUCCAUCCAUUCGAUUAAGAAAUCCCUCACAGAAUAUUUGAUUGAGAAUAAUGAGGAUCACAGGGGAGCAAUUGCAACGUUGCUGGAUCAUUUCAGGAUGACCUUUGGUGAUCCUAACUCUGCCAGAUAUAGAAAAGCUCAAAACAACUUCGCUAUAUCGUUAGCAGCCUACUCAGUAAUUUGCUAUAUUCUUCAAAUCAAAGACCGACACAACGGUAAUAUUAUGCUGGAUAACGAAGGACACAUCAUUCACAUUGAUUUUGGCUUCUUGCUAUCGAACUCCCCAGGGUCAGUAGGCUUCGAAGCCGCCCCAUUUAAACUGACUCUGGAGUAUGUGGAUGUUCUAGGGGGCCUAGAUGGCGAAUAUUUCCAAGUUUUCAAACAAUCAACUAAGGAGGCUUUCAAGUCACUGCGAAGAAACGCGGAGUCUUUGAUUACUAUGGUAGAAUUGAUGCAACGAGAUUCAACUUUGCCAUGUUUCAAGGCUGGUGAGAACACAAGUGUUCAACUAAGACAACGACUUCAACUACACCUUUCUGAGGAAGAUUCCGAUUAUUUUGUAGAAAAUUUCCUUAUUGGAAAGAGUAUUGGAAGUAUCUAUACGAAACUAUACGAUCAGUUCCAACUUCUUACCCAAGGUAUCUAUAGCUGA